AUGCAGCCCGCAAGACGUUCUAGGCAGCGGGACAUCCGCGAUAUUGCGGAUACCGUUGCCCGCGCGCGUUUGGACUACCUGUGGGCGGCAGUUGUGGCAGAGAAUGAUCUAGCCUUCAACGUCUCCAAAUCGCGUGCGCUACAAGCCUUCGUUGACGCGGCGGUCGUGUUCGCGAAGCCCUACACACUCCCAACCCCUUACAAGGUGUCCGGCUCUCUCCUCGACAAGCUAAGGGCGGACGCCGAGGAGCUUGUAAGGCCAUUGAAGGAGAGUUGGAAGACGACCGGGUGCAGUCUCUCGGUGGACGGGUGGAUGUGCAUGAAGUCCCGCGGGAUUGUGUGCGUCAUCGCCCACAACGACACCGCGCCCGUCAUUGUGGACAUUGUCGACUCGAAAACCGCUAAGAAAACUGGAGACUACCUCGCGGGUCUCAUCGGGAACUCGAUCUCCGAAGUGGGGAAGGACCUCGUGGUCCAGGUCAUCAUGGACAAUGCGUCUAACAACCGAUCCGCGGCUGAGAAGCUUAAGGAGGAGUUUCCCUCAGUUUUUUUCGCCAACUGCGCCGCCCACUGCUUGGAUCUUAUGCUUCACGACCUAGGGAAAGUUGGGCCCGUCAAACGCGUGUUAGAGCAAGUGCAUCGAGUCGUCAUGAUGAUCAAGGGUAGUGCCUCCGCCGUCGUUCUAUUCCGCGAGCUCUUUACCAAGCUUUCAUUGGUGCGGCCGGGUGCGACACGGUUCGGCACUCAAGUCAUCAUGAUACGCCGCUUCUUGGAGGUGAAGGGGGCACUCCAGGCCAUGGUCAUCAGCAAUGAAUGGAAAGGGGUGGCGGUGGCGCAAAAGGCUGAAGGGCAGGAGGUGCGGGCGCUUCUUCUUGACGACGUCUUUUGGGACUGUGUUACUGCGGUGCUCCGCCUCCUCACGCCGGUUUAUGAAGUGCUAAGGGUGGUUGACACGCGGGCACAAGUCAUGGGCCAAAUCUAUGGCCUCAUGAUUGAUAUCACGGUCAAGACACUGGAAGCUGCAGAGGCCGCCGCCUCGGUAUUCAUCAAGAAGACGGGCCUGCUCUUGGCCAAGGACAAGAGCACCUUCAUGGCAUCCAUCAAGGGCAUCCUUGCCCGGCGAUGGGACGGGCAACUCCACAACCCUCUGCAUGCCCUGGGAUGGCUUCUUAAUCCCCGCAACCAGUACGCGGGGGAGGUGGGAACCGAUGCGGAGGUAAGGAAGGGGGCCGACGCGGUGAUUCAGGCCCGGGGGGGGGAUGUGGCCCAGCGCAUCAAGCUGCAGACACAGCUGGUGCAGUUCCAUAAGGGUGAGGGCCGCCUCGGGUCGGAUGAUGCGCUAUGGGCAGCCAAGACCUUGGUGGAGGGGGGGCGCAUGACGGAUGCGGAGUGGUGGUGGAUUUUCGGUGGGGAAGUGCAAGCGCUCCAAGAACUGGCUGUCACGAACCUAUCACAGCCCGUCACCUCGUCCGAGGUGGAGCGGUACUUUUCCGCCCUUGCACGAGUGCAAAGGCGGGAUCGGAACCGCAUCGCGGCCAAGAAGAUGACUGAUGUCACCUUCGUGGCCUUCACCAGGAGGGCCCGCGAUGCGUUUGAUCGCAAAACUCAGACGCGUGCGAAGUUGUAUGCUGAUCUCACCGACGGAACCCUCAAAGAGGGCAUUCCCGUGCCCCCGCCCGCAACAGUGGAAGAGGAUGAAGGUGGGGCUGAAGAGGAGGAGGGAGCCGAGGUGGCAGAGUGCACCAUCGACUGGACUGUAUUUGGGAGCAUUGGUAAGAAGAAGAAGAAGAAGAAGCGCGCGGGAGAGAGCUCCAAGAGGAAGAGGAAGGAAAAGGGAAAGGGGCCAUGCAAGCGGAAGGGGAGAGGAAAGAAGCGUGUGGUGGAGGAGGAGGAGGAGGAGGAGGAGGAGGAGGAGGAGGAGGAGGAGGAGGAGGAGGAGGAGGAGGAGGAGGAGGAGGAGGAGGAGGAGGUGGAGGAGGAGGAGGAGGAGGAGGAGGAGGAGGAGGAGGAGGAGGAGGAGGAGGAGGAGGAGGAGGAGGAGGAGGAGGAGGAGGAGCAGGAGGAGGAGGAGGAGGCGGCAGAGAGCAAUGGGCGGGAGGUAGGACCCUCCAAGCGUCCUAAGGCAGUCUGGCCGUGGGAGUGGGACUGCAGUGAUGGUGAGAGUGGGGAGGAGAAGGAGGAUGAGGAGGAGGAGGAUGAGGAGGAGGAGGACGACGAGGAGGAGGAAGGGUAG